UACAUACAUUAAUUGUUUAUGUUACUUUAUUGCCAUUUUCUGCUACAGAGUUCAUAUGAGAUAUCUCAUGAGAGUGUCAUAAUCUUAUCUCAAAAAUAACUGACUCAACAUCAUAUGCAUUAUCAAUAACACUCAAAAAAUACGACAUAUAUAGAAGACAGUUACAUGCUUGAAGAAAAUCUUUUAUCAAGUUAGUCUCACUUAACUCACUUGCGGCAAACUUGGACACGUGGCAAAAUAAUAAUAAAAAAUUAACCAUUAUCAACUUCUUUCCCGACAACCGAGAGCGCACAAUCGAAGAGCAAACAAUUCUAUUCCGACCCGAUAGUCGGUGUGCAAGUUAUCGGGUUCAUCUCCCCGUGCGCAAGUCUGGAGGGAAAAUCGAUAAGCCCGAAAGGCGCAUAAGUUCCUUCGAGUGAGUCGCCACAGAGGUAGUGAGUACACGACGUCGACCAGAACGAUUGACGUGAAGACAUCCUUGAUGUGAGACGCGAGCCUCGGUUUUGUUUAUCGUGGUCCUCGCGCGAGCACAAUCCCUUAUCCCUCCAUCCGAGGAGCGGAGGAGUCGCAAGGUGGAACCGGAAGAAAGUGGUGUCCGGGAAAGUGAUGAGGCCCUGCUUCAUACCUAUCGUCGUCGUCCUGAUCCUGAUCGAGGCACCCGAUCGUAGCGAUAGCAUCUCCUACAACACGGUGAAGACAUGGACUCAAAAGCUGAGCUUCGAGCUGACGCAGUUGGGCAAAUUCGUGACAAAGGUAGAUAGAUUUCAAGAGAGCUACAAGACGGCGGAUAUUAAACCACGUGACGGAGCCAGCCUGGUCCGCGAAAUCGCCAAGGACAUCAAAACUAUGAUGGAAUCCAAGAUUUCAGCCAUCAAGAGAAUAAUGGACGUAGCUGAGCAGUCGGCGUUAUCGUCUACGAACGAGACACCGCCGGAAUCUUAUCAAUUCAUCAACGUGAAAAAUAACAGCAUCGAUCUCAAUUACAGUCCACACUUCGGCGGUGACGUGAAUCUCAACAUGUCGGCAGUGCAUGUACCCACAAACGUGUACGAGCGGGCGCCAGAUGUUAUCCGGGCGAUCAAAUGGUCCGAGCAGCUAGAUCGCAUCUUCAUCAACAAUUACGAGCAAGACCCGUCGUUGUCCUGGCAGUACUUUGGUAGCGCGACCGGUUUUAUGCGUCAGUAUCCCGCCAUAAGUUGGUAUACGGAACCAUCGAUGCCGGAUUUGUUCGACUGUAGAGCUAGGAGCUGGUAUAUCGAAGCGGCCACCAGUCCCAAGGACAUUCUUAUCCUGAUGGACACCUCCGGCAGCAUGACGGGUAUACGGAAAGAAAUUGCCAGACACGUCAUCAACAAUAUUCUCGACACUCUCGGCAACAAUGACUUUGUCAACAUUAUCACGUUCUCCAAUGGAACCAAAGGGGUAGUGCCGUGCUUCAGCGACACUCUGGUUCAGGCGAACCUGGCGAACGUGCGCGAACUGAAACGAGCCAUCUCGGGUCUUGAUACGGAGAAUAUGGCCAACUUUUCCCUGGCCUUGACUACCGCCUUCGAAAUACUCGAAUCAUUUCGCACCGAGCGAGAGGGUGCCAAGUGUAAUCAGGCGAUCAUGCUGAUCACCGAUGGAGUGCCCUACAACUUUGAAGAGAUCUUCGAGGUGUAUAAUUGGAGGAAAGACAAUCCGGGCGAACCACCCAAGGACAUGCCCGUCAGAGUAUUCACAUAUCUAAUCGGCCGAGAGGUUGCGGACGUGCGAGAUGUGCAGUGGAUGGCUUGUGCGAACAGAGGAUAUUAUGUGCAUUUGUGCACCCCGGCAGAAGUGAGAGAAGAGGUACUGAAAUACGUGCCAGUAAUGGCGAGACCUCUGGUGCUGGGCCGCACUGAUCAUCCGACCAUCUGGACACCCGUUUACGCCGACGUAAAGGAUCCGAAAAUGACCGAUUGGCUGUGGGAACAACACGAGAGCGAGGAGCAGAAGGAUCGCUACCUGAACAAGCUGUACUGCAAGCAGGAGGAGCAGGAUCGGCGAUUCGUGAUGAAGCAGAGGCGACGGUACGAUCAGACAAGCGGGCUGCAGAAGUACAAGCUGAUGACUUCGGUCAGCAUGCCGGCGUUCGAUCAACGCGAGAACGCGAACAUCACAAGGCAGGUGCUGGUGAACGAAGCGUACUGGGUGACAGAGACAAGAGAGACGAUGAUCGCCAAUCUCCUCGGCGUUGCUGGCACGGAUGUUCCGAUCGAAGAGAUCCAGAAGCUAAUGAUGCCACACAUGCUCGGUGUCAACGGCUACGCUUUCAUCGUGACCAACAAUGGUUUCAUCCUGAUUCAUCCCGAUCUUCGGCCAGUGUUCCAGGGUAUCUUAAAGCCGGCGUACAACAGCGUCGAUAUGGCGGAGGUCGAGUUGAUGGACAACGAUAAAGGCCCUAGGGAAUUCGACGAAGGAAUCAUUAUGCUUCGCAACGACGUGGUGAAUCAAACGAACGGUAGCGUGACGCUUCAUACAAAGUAUCAUUAUGACGAUAUGAAACGCGUUGGCAGAGUGAAGAGAAAAUACGAUUACAUGGGAAUCACAGAUACACCAUUUACGGUGGUGGUCAGUUUGCCCGAGUACAAUCACACCGGAAGUUAUCGCGUGGAUGCUAUCGAGGAAAUACGUCGAUCUCACGCUAAAGGGAAAAACGUGACAGAUUACUUCGCGGGUAGUAAAUGGCGGGUGCACCCCCAUUGGAUGUACUGCAAGUACCACUACGAGGGUGAACACAGAUUCAACUCCUCGGAGAUGCAGCUCCUACACUUUUUGGAGCGUACCCGCCAACCAGGCUGGAAAUGGAUCGACAUGAAGCAGCGAUCCCAGCCGCCGGAAUACUCCGCUGCAGGCUCUAGUCACAGCUCUCACAGUAAUUCCUACAAGGCCGACAAGAACUCAUACUAUUGCGACAGGAAUUUGCUGCUCUCUUUGGUGUAUGAUGCUAAGGUAACCGAAUGGUUUGCCCAGCAAACCGCAGCAAAUCCCAGCGAGGGAUCAGGACCUUUAGCUAGGCUGAUGAAUCAGAUGACCAGGAAGGAAUUCCAACAACGUUUCGCGGUAACUCUGGUAUUCGUGGCCACGCACAGCGGGCUGACCAGGUGGCAGGAUUUUCUAUUGGACGACGACUUGUCGCUGCCGGAUGAUCACUUUAGCAAAUUGUAUCCACGAGCUAUCGAUGAAGUCUGGUAUAAACGGGCAGUCGAGCAAUAUUACGCGAGUAAGGACAGCUUCGUUUUCUCCGUCCCGAUUGACAACUUUGGUGCUGACAACACUACCCUGGUCACUGUCAGUCGUGCAAUAUUUAUCGAAAAAAAAUCUCCAGAAGGCAAGGCGCCGGUCGCAGUGGUCGGCUUCCAGUUCCAACACACUGCCCUGCAAGCGCUUUUCCAGAACAUAACGUUCAACUGCGAGGGACUCGGUAACUGUUACAAGCAUUGCGCCGAUGAUACCUGGGCGUGUUAUCUGAUUGACAAUAACGGCUACGUAAUCGCCGCCGAGAACGAAACUGAUGCCGGUAGAUUCUUCGGGGAAGUCAAGGGUCCGAUAAUGCACAGCAUGGUCAAGGAGGGUGUCUUCGAGAAGAUAAGGGUCUUUGACUAUCAAGCAGUGUGCUUCAAGCACAUAAAUAAGACUGCCAACGCUGGCAGUACUUUAUUCACGCCGUGGAACCAUCUUCAGAAGGCAAUGGCGUGGAUGGUCAGUCAAGCUGCUUGGGCCUGGGCAAAGACAGGCGUAAUGGAGCCUGAUUACGCGGGAGCGUACGGCUACACCAGUGACGAAGAGAGCGUUGCUCAUAACACUUGUUUUCCGUACGACACGGUGGACGACAGCUUCCUGAUUAAUCGUACUCGUUUAGAAGUGUGCGAUCAAGAGAUGUUUCUAUAUUUGCGCAAUACCUCGUUUAACACGUAUGACGUGGACGCGGACGAGCAGUGUAUACGACCGUACGUGGUGCAGCCAGUGGGUGCGAGCAAUUUGCUGCUGGUAGUGGUGAACACCGGCUGCGGCGACAUGACGUUCCCGCCGAUGAGCAUCACACCCGAGGAGGUGGUGUACGAGAGCUCGCUGGUUUGCCAGAAGGCGUUUGCGGGUCUCAAGCGGAAGCGACCGCAGUCCUGCAUACGUACGCAUUCUCGUGAAAGCGAAAUCGAGGAUCAGUGCGGCCUAGCGACGAACGCUAGAUCGAGUCUGCGUCUCCUGGUGACGAUGUUCUUGCUGAUGUACAUGCUGGCCGGAAGGAGCGCCGUCUUUCUUUAAGAUCGAAGCUGAAUUCAUAGCCAACAAUGAUGGUGUCAAAUAUUAGUCGACAGUUGUAUUCACGAUACGCCGUGAAUCGAACUCUUUCACUGUCGUGAUUGUGAAAUCCGAACGAAACCUCGCCUGACGAGUAUGUGGACAUUUGUACAUUUCAUCGUCUGUUUUCGACAAUCAGGAUUGCUACACGUAUAAAUUCGAUUUUCUAAUUCUUCGUCGAUCUUUUCAGUCAGUGGUUCCUUUUUAGCGAUGCAAGAUUUCCCAUUAUAUAUUUAUAUGUUUUGCUUAAAAAAACUUAUGUAAACAGAGAGAA